AUGAAAGGUGCACCUUCUGUGCGUGCGCCCCUCAAGGCCGCUGCACAAACCACCAGACUGCAACUCUCGAUCCUCUGUCGCCUCAGUAUCAGCCGCCAACGCAUGGCAACCACAAACAAAAGCCCCCCUGCGCUACCCCGCAAGGCACUGACAGCACCCCUGGCUAAGCUGCCGUUGUCAUCUGUUCUACGCUCCUUGCUAGUUCUGUCUGUUUCGUCAUCAUCUCUACUUCUCAAACCAUGCAUCUAUACCUUGUCUUUGCUGGCUCAUCCUCGCAAUGCGUUCUGGGAUGUCUCCAAAAACCCAUUGCUGAACAUGCUUGUCAAGCACACCAUCUAUAAACAAUUUAACGCUGGCGAGAACAAACUCGAGGUGCAAAAUUCCAUCAAUCAAAUCAAAAGACUCGGAUGCCGUGGUGUACUCCUGGGAUAUGCCCGAGAGGUCCUCGUUGGCGAGAACUCCGAUGCCGCGUACGACGAGAAGGCUGCUCUGGCUGAGAUUCAGAUGUGGAUGGAUGGCACCCUGCAGACAGUUGACAUGGCUCAACCCGGCGACUUUGUCGCCUUGAAGUUCACUGGAAUGGGCAACGAUGCUCUUCGCCUGUUGCAGUCGCAGACCAUGCCCACAGAAAUCAUGGACAACUCUAUCCUCAAGGUCUGCGAUCUCGCCAUCUCCCGUGGCGUCCGCCUGCUGGUCGAUGCCGAAGAGCAGGCCGUGCAGCCCGGCAUUGAGGCCUGGAUCAUGAAGUAUCAGAAAUACUGCAACUCGCAGACCCCCGGCCGUGCUAUCUUCUAUGGAACUUACCAAGCCUACCUGCGCUCUACCCCUGCCACUCUGGCCCGUCACCUUGAGACUGCUCGCGCUGAGGGAUACACCCUUGGCGUCAAGCUGGUCCGCGGUGCCUACAUGAAGACUGAACCCCGCCACCUCAUCUGGGCCGAGAAAGAGGAGACUGACAAGUGCUACGACGAAGUCGUCGAGGCCCUCCUCACUCGCAAGUACAACUCCAUGCUCAAGGCUCCCUCAAAGGAAACCCCUACCGAACUCCCGCCCCUGAAUAUCAUCAUUGCUACUCACAGCCGUGAGUCCGUUCGCAAGGCUCAUGCUCUGCGCAUGCAGCAGGCUGCCCGUGGCGAGGACUACGGUGUCGAUGUUAGCUAUGCUCAGCUCCAGGGCAUGGCCGACGAGGUCAGCUGUGAAUUGCUUCAAGGAUUCGAGAGUGCCGAGAACACUGUCGGCGUUACCCCCAUGGAUGCCCCCAACGUCUUCAAGCUGUUGACCUGGGGCUCGGUUCAGGAAUGCAUGGGCUUCUUGCUUCGUCGUGCUGUGGAGAACACCGAGGCCGUUGGCCGCACCAAGGACUCUCAGAUCGCAAUGUUCGCCGAGUUGAAGCGUCGCUGUGCCAAUGCUUUCCGCAGCAGCAAGUGA